AUGGAAAAGGAAACUUCAGAUAGGGAAAAGGAAGAAUUUCAUGUGGAAAAGGAAGCAUUAGAUAGGGAAAAGGAAAAAUUUCAUAUGGAAAAGGAAGCAUUGGAUAGGGAAAAGGAAGAAUUUGAUAGAGCAAACAAAGACAGAGAGCACCAAUUACAGGAUUUCAAUGAAAAAUCAGGAAAACUAGCACAACUAUGGAAAACUAAAAAGGAAGAAAUGCAGAAAGUAGAGCAGGAACUCUAUCAGAAAAUAAUAGACUUCAAAGAAAUGAAAGCAGAGUUUCUUAAAGAGAAAGAACUGUUUCAAAAGGAAAGGGAAGAUUUUUAUCAAAAGAAACAGGAGACCAUUCAUAGUAUAGAGAGGCGAGAAAAACUCAUAGAGGAAGUGCAGUUAGAGGAAAAUUUAAAUUGGAAUGCAAAAAAAGAAAGGGAAGUCCAGCUGGAGAAGAAGAUUGAAGAACUUGAAAAGAGCAAUAAAGGAAAAGACAUGCAACUGGAUGAACUUGAAAAGAGCAAUAAAGGAAAAGACAGGCAAAUAUUAAUAAAUAAGGUUGAGAAAUGCAAUCUUUUGCAUAAUCUUUACAGAAGGGGACUUGUGGAUAAAGAAACGGUGCAAGAAUUCUUGGAAGACACGAUACACGAAUACAGACUAUAA